ACCAACCAUAACAACAUGGCGAAACAUCAUCCAGAUCUAAUUUUUUGUAGGAAACAGCCAGGAGUGGCCAUAGGGAGACUUUGUGAGAAGUGCGAUGGAAAAUGCGUCAUAUGUGACUCGUAUGUUCGUCCUUGUACACUGGUUCGUAUUUGUGACGAGUGUAACUACGGUUCGUAUCAAGGAAGAUGUACAAUAUGUGGAGGACCUGGAGUCUCUGAUGCUUACUACUGUAAAGAAUGUACAGUACAGGAAAAGGAUAGAGAUGGUUGUCCGAAAAUUGUCAACCUGGGCAGUGCAAAAACAGAUUUGUUCUAUGAGAGGAAAAAAUAUGGCUUCAAAAAGAGAUAAUGAUUAGUGUCAUUUGAGUGUUCUCUGACACUACAUGUACCACUAAGACAAGAGUUG